CCAGCACAGGAACGGGAGCAACGGUGGACGAAGGGUGGGCUGUGUGGGAAUACGAUAUACUUGCAUUAUUCACCCAUACAGACGGUGUAUGCAACGGAGCAGUCGUCGACAUGAACGUGAAGGUCUUCAUUUUGGGCUCGGGAAGCUGAAGCAUAUUGCAGCCUGGUCACAUUACGUUUUCAGUGGGAUAAGCCAUCUGUGAUACACUGGGUGUGCUCAGCGCAAUAACGGCGCGAGCCAACCGGUUAUUCCAUCGACAGCUAGCUCAUAUUAACCCAGCUAGCCAACCAUUUUCGAGAGCCCCGUUAGCUUGCGGUGAAGAGAGCAUCUUGGUCGGUGCGGGAAGUGUCUGUGGAUGCUACUGAGGGAGUCUUCUACCUGGCCGUAUCCAGCAGCAAGAUACGAAGCCGAGGCAUGCAAAAAGGGGUGUUUUUUUGCAAACGAGCGAGGAAAUCUCCACGCCCUGGGGUCUGGUCUAUGGUUACUAUUUAGCUAGCUCGCUGGCUAGCCAGCCUACCAGGAGAGUAGCUCAGGAGAAGGUGGGGCCGCGGAGUGACAGCCUUGGACGCCAGCUAAUGUGGCUAGCCGGCUAACCUGGACACUUGAGUGGCCACUGGUUUUCCUGACACUGAUAUCGAGGGGUUUAAAUUACCAGCAGCGUGCAGUCUGGUACAAUAGAAACUGCAUUUAGCAAGAAAAUACGUUAUCAUUGAUUCCUCCAAAACCCGUGUGGGUGGGAUAUCUCGAGGAGAGCAUCCUCGUUUACCUGAAUGACCAUGGCGGACGACGACGUGCUGUUCGAGGAUGUCUACGAGCUGUGCGAGGUGAUCGGAAAGGGUCCCUUUAGCGUGGUGAGGCGCUGCAUCAACAGGGACACGGGCCAGCAGUUUGCCGUAAAGAUCGUCGAUGUGGCCAGCUUCACCUCCAGCCCCGGCCUCAGCACAGAAGAUCUGAAAAGAGAGGCCAGUAUCUGCCACAUGCUGAAACACCCUCACAUCGUGGAGCUGCUGGAGACCUACAGCUCCGAUGGCAUGCUCUACAUGGUCUUUGAAUUUAUGGACGGAGCAGACCUGUGUUUUGAAAUUGUCAAGAGAGCCGACGCCGGGUUUGUGUACAGCGAAGCAGUGGCCAGCCACUAUAUGAGGCAGAUUUUGGAGGCACUUCGAUACUGCCACGACAACAAUGUGAUUCAUCGCGACGUAAAGCCUCACUGUGUGCUGCUGGCCUCAAAGGAGAACUCUGCUCCGGUCAAGCUGGGAGGUUUUGGAGUGGCGAUACAGCUGGGAGAGUCUGGCUUAGUAGCUGGAGGUCGAGUCGGUACUCCCCACUUCAUGGCCCCGGAGGUGGUGAAGCGGGAGCCGUACGGCAAACCGGUGGACGUGUGGGGAUGCGGAGUCAUCCUCUUCAUCCUCCUGUCCGGCUGCUUGCCUUUCUACGGCACCAAGGAGCGCUUGUUUGAGGCCAUCAUUAAAGGGAAAUACAAGAUGAACCCGCGUCAGUGGGCCCACAUCUCAGAGAGCGCCAAAGACCUGGUGAGACGCAUGCUGAUGCUGGACCCCGCUGAGAGAAUCACUGUCUACGAGGCCCUCAACCACCCCUGGCUGAAGGAGAGGGACAGGUAUGCCUACAAGAUCCACCUGCCUGAAACGGUGGAACAGCUGAGGAAGUUCAACGCCAGGAGGAAGCUGAAGGGUGCAGUGCUGGCCGCCGUUUCCAGCCACAAGUUUAAUUCCUACUAUGGCGACCCCCCAGAGGAGCUUCACGACUUCUCAGACGACCCCACCUCCUCAGGACUGCUAGCUGCCGAAACAGGGGCAGUAUCGCAGGUUUUGGACAGUCUAGAGGAGAUUCACGCGCUGACGGACUGCAGUGAGAAAGACAUGGACUUCCUGCACAGCGUCUUCCAGGAUCAGCACCUCCACACCUUGCUAGACCUUUAUGACAAAAUCAACACCAGGUCGUCUCCUCAGAUCAGAAAUCCCCCUAGUGACGGCGUGCAGAGAGCCAAAGAGGUACUGGAAACCAUCUCCUGUUACCCAGAGAACAUGGAGGCCAAGGAGCUCAGGAGGAUCCUCACACAGCCGCACUUCAUGGCUCUGCUGCAGACCCACGACGUGGUGGCCCACGAGGUCUACAGCGAUGAGGCGUUGAGGGUGACCCCUCCACCCACCUCACCGUACCUUAACGGAGACUCCCCGGACAGCACCAACGGAGACAUGGACCUGGAGAAUGUUACCAGGGUUCGCCUGGUCCAGUUUCAAAAGAACACUGAUGAGCCCAUGGGCAUCACCCUGAAAAUGAAUGACCUCAACCACUGUAUUGUGGCCCGCAUCAUGCACGGUGGCAUGAUUCAUCGACAAGGGACUCUGCAUGUAGGAGAUGAGAUCCGAGAGAUCAACGGCAUCAGUGUUGCCAAUCAGACGGUAGAGCAGCUCCAAAAGAUGCUGAGAGAGAUGAGGGGUAGCAUUACCUUCAAGAUUGUACCCAGUUAUCGAUCCCAGUCUAUGUCUUGUGAGAAAGAGUCACCGGAUUUGUCCAGACAGUCACCUGCAAAUGGUCAUGCUAGCGUCACCAGCUCCAUCCUGGACCUGCCGUCGACGAUUCAGCCCAAAGGGCGUCAGAUCACCAGACCAGCUAUCAAGGACAAAUUGUCCAUCAAGAUUUACGUACGCGCCCAGUUUGAAUACGACCCAGCCAAAGACGACCUCAUCCCCUGUAAGGAGGCAGGCGUUCGCUUCCAGGUGGGCGAUAUCAUUCAGAUCAUCUCCAAGGACGACCACAACUGGUGGCAGGGAAAACUGGAGAACACCAAGAACGGCACAGCAGGCCUCAUCCCUUCGCCUGAGCUACAGGAGUGGCGUGUGGCAUGUAUAGCGAUGGAGAAGACCAAACAGGAACAGCAGGCCAGUUGUACCUGGUUUGGCAAGAAGAAGAAACAGUAUAAAGACAAAUACCUGGCUAAGCACAACGCAGUGUUCGACCAACUAGAUCUGGUGACGUACGAGGAAGUGGUCAAACUGCCAUCGUUCAAGAGGAAAACGCUGGUUCUGCUUGGUGCACACGGAGUUGGUAGGAGGCACAUCAAGAACACGCUCAUUACCAAACAUCCUGACCGGUUCGCCUACCCCAUCCCUCACACGACCCGUCCUCCUAAGAAGGACGAAGAGAACGGAAAGAACUACUACUUCGUGUCUCACGAACAGAUGAUGCAGGACAUCAGCAACAACGACUACCUGGAGUACGGCAGCCACGAGGACGCUAUGUACGGAACCAGGCUGGAGACCAUCAGGCAGAUCCACGCGCAGGGCAUGAUCUCUAUCCUGGAUGUGGAACCACAGGCACUAAAGAUACUCAGGACGGCCGAGUUUGCUCCCUACGUCGUCUUCAUCGCUGCUCCCACCAUCACCCCCGGCAUGACUGAGGUUCCAAAGUGGUGCAGGAAACUGCCUGACGACUCUCUUCAGCGGCUUCAGAAGGAAUCCGAGAUGCUGCAGAGGACCUACGCUCACUACUUUGACCAGACCGUCAUCAACAACGAAAUCGACGACACCAUCCGCCUGCUGGAGGAAGCCGUGGACCUGGUGUCCACCGCUUCUCAGUGGGUCCCCGUCUCCUGGGUCUACUGACGCGCGGCCUCCGACGACCUGUCUCCGAUCCCGCCCGGAUGCUAAACUUCGGCGGAAUCCCCUCCGGUCACGUCUCUCUCAUCGCAAUCGUACAUUUCUGUAGAUAAACUGUUGUUGAAAAAUAGGGAAAAUGAAGAAACUGAUAACUCUGACGCCUCGCCGCGGAGACUUCGUCCCGCCCCGGCCCCUUUUUCUCAACAGCCUAAAAGGCGUAUUGUCGUGUACAUAUAUACAUAUAUAUAUAUAAAUGAAAAAAAAAAACUAAAUGAAUAAGGUUCUGUCCUCAUGUAGUCAAAGGGUGGGGAGCGGAGGGGCAGCACGGUAGAUAUUUUGUACUUUUCUUUUGUAAUCGACGGAUGGGUGUUAAUAUCGGAGGCGAAAGCGAGCAUGACCGUAAAGCAGUCUUAUGUGGGUGCCUGUGUGUGUGUGCGUGUGCGUUGACCUUUUAAGGCACUUCUCGUGGUACUCUGUGUCCUCCUC